AUGGCCGUCCUCGAAUUGGUGAAGAAGCAGUUUACUGCGCCUAAACUUGUCUUCCAUGUCUUAUUUUGGGGGGUUCACUGGUUCUUCUUUGGUUUUGGAUGGUAUAAGCAGGCUCACGAUCCUAAAUUAGCUGGUCUGAACACACUAUCAUGGUCGGUGUGGUUAUCGCGAGGUGCCGGCUUAGUUUUAGCUGUGGAUGGAACGUUAAUUUUACUACCGGUUUGUCGAACAAUUGUACGAUGGAUACGACCCAAGAUUAGGUUCCUGCCGUUGGAUGAGAACCUUUGGUUCCAUCGCCAAGUUGCCUACGCCAUGGUGCUUUUCACCGUCAUCCACGUCUCUGCUCACUAUGUCAAUUUCUAUAACGUGGAGAAGACCCAAAUUCGGCCAGUUACAGCCGUCGAAAUUCAUUAUACCCAAGCUGGUGGUGUUACCGGCCAUGUUAUGCUACUUUGCAUGCUGCUGAUGUACACCACCGCCCAUCAUCGCAUCCGCCAACAGUCAUUCGAGACUUUCUGGUACACGCAUCACCUUUUCAUUCCGUUCUUCCUCGGACUCUACACUCACGCCGUUGGUUGCUUCGUUCGUGACACCGCCAACCCCUUCUCUCCAUUCGCUGGAGGAAUCUUCUGGGAACACUGCAUUGGUUAUCAGGGAUGGAGAUGGGAAUUGUUUGCAGGAUUCUUUUACUUGGUCGAGCGUCUUUACCGAGAAGUGCGUGCUAAGCGUACCACCAAGAUUACUCGAGUGGUUCGCCAUCCAUAUGAUGUCGUGGAGAUUCAGUUCGAAAAGCCUUCUUUCAAGUACAAGGCUGGCCAGUGGCUUUUCCUCCAAGUCCCCUCGGUGUCCAACUUUCAAUGGCAUCCGUUUACUAUCACAUCUUGCCCGUACGAUCCGUAUGUGUCAGUUCACGUUCGACAGGUUGGAGAUUUCACCAGGGCUUUGGGUGACGCAGUUGGUGCUGGUGCCGCCCAAUCCAAGCUCUACGAAGGCGUUGACCCCAUGGGAAUGUACGAAGUCGCUUUACAGAACGGACAGCAAAUGCCCGUGCUCCGAAUUGAUGGACCUUACGGUGCACCCGCCGAGGAUGUAUUCGAGAACGAAAUAGCAGUGCUCAUUGGUACGGGUAUCGGUGUAACGCCAUGGGCCUCCAUUCUGAAGAACAUCUGGCACUUGCGCAACAGCCCGAACCCACCCCGACGACUUCGCCGUGUCGAGUUUGUCUGGGUGUGUAAGGAUACGGGCUCUUUCGAGUGGUUCCAGACUCUUCUCUCGUCUCUCGAAGCUCAAAGUAACGAGGCGGCUCUCAUCCCCGGUAGCAACGGCGUGGAAUUCUUGAAGAUCCACACCUACCUAACGCAGAAGCUCAAUAUGGACACGACGCAGAACAUCAUACUAAACAGUGUCGGCGCCGAUCACGACCCCUUAACAGAACUGAAGUCUCGAACGAACUUCGGUCGACCCAACUUCUUCAGGAUGUUUGAAGCAAUGCGGGAUGGAAUUAUGGAUCGAACAUACAUCACCGGUCUAGAGGGUAGCAUGCAGACAACGGUCGGUGUAUACUUCUGUGGACCUACUGCAGCCGCCCGUGAUAUCCAAAAGGCAGCCAAAGCAGCAACUUCUAAAGAAGUCCGCUUCCGGUUCUGGAAGGAACAUUUCUAG